AUGUUUUUGAUAUUCUUUGCUAAAGACUCAUUCGCUCUCAAUCGGGACUUUUGCCUAUCUGUUGUUCUGGUUGGUAUACCAACGAAUUGCACUCAUCCGAAUCGAUUAGAGACUUUAAAAACUGGGCUGCUAUUCGUUGAAUUUGAACAAAUGGAGAAAAGUGGAAAAGCAACCACGAACAUCUUUUUAGAUGCUGUUGAACAGAUAACCGAUGCUGUUAUCGUCAUAUCACCUUAUAAGCUACUUGAUCCUCGAGUUCUCUAUCAUCCGUUGAUGUCGUUUUUGCAUCAGAUGCUUGUUGAUAUAUUAGGUAAUUGGAGAAGUGCGAACCAACGAUUAAAUAUUCAAGAGACAGAUAUAUUCUUGAAAAUUACAAUCAUAUUUGUCCAUGCGGCUGAACAAGCAACUGUAACCAAUCCUGAAGAGAAUCGUAUAAAGAUACGAGACAUACUGGCGACAAAACGCUUUCUUUUUCUUGUACAAGAACAAGUAGAUGAUAUUGUUCUCAAUAAACCAGAGAUAAAUGACGAUCCUAAUAUAUGUACGCUGGGUCUACUGACAAUAAGAUUACUACAAGGUUGCCCAUUUUAUUAUAGUAUGGAACGAAAUCAGCAAUUGAUUGAUGAUCUGGUCAUGAAUUGCCUCGAUUCCUAUGAUUAUCUUCAGGCAAUACGACAACUUCAAAAUGGUCAAAAGCUUUCUGAUAUAGAUCGUUUUCUUCUGUAUACUUGCUGGGAAUAUGUACCUUUCGUUUCGACCCCAUUACAACUUUCAUCCGACCGACCUAAAACGAGUGCUGUACUUCAACAUGUUUAUGAUGAGUUGUUAAAACGACUUGAACAAGCUGCUGAUAAUCCACCACCUUUUACGCCUGUAUCGUUUGCUUAUAUCUUCGAGCGAUGCCAUCAACUUCUCACUAUUCAUAAUCUCGCCUCCUUCGACAAACAUGCCAACUACAUUGUCGAUCACCUUAUCACCAUCUUGAAAACUCAACUCACAACGGAUCCACAAGAUCAACCAUUGGUUCUCGUCACACUGCAAGCACUUCAUGAUCUUUCCAAAACUCCUGACAUUCGUGCCAUCAUCAAGAAACGUGAACUGACUUCGACCAUCAAGGCAUUUGCAUCGACAGAGAACAGCGAGCAACGCAAAGCAGCAUUUGGAAUUCUUGCUGAAAUUAUGGACGAAAAAGAGAUCAACGAGAAUCCGAGUGAAAUGACUGCAAUCUUCGUUGAUCAACUGAAACAAUUAAAUAUACAAGAAUACAAUCCAAAUCUCGAUAAUACAUUGUCGACUCUGAAAGGUUUGAUGCAGCACGAGGAAGUGAAGAAAGAAAUUAUCAAACAAGGUGGUCUCGAAAAUCUCGUCUUGUUUGUCCGAGAUGGAGAUCCAGAAAAACAAUCAACAAAUCAAUUGGAAGACGCUCUAGAAAUUCUCUGGCUGUCCACAUUUGAUAAUCCGGAUAUUGUCACGUCUUUUCAGCAAGAUACCAAACUCACUACCAGAGUUCACCAUAUACUUCAGCAUGCGAAACAACACAAGAAUCCUACCCUCGAAAAAGCAGCCGAUGGUUUCAUUUGGAAAGUGGAAAAAGAAGAAAAGUUCAAAGAACAACAACAAGCUGAGCAAGAGAGAAAGAAACAGGAGAAAAAGAAGAGAGCACAGGAGAAUGGAACGAGCGAAAUGGCAGAAGAAGAAGAAGAAGAAGAGGAGGAACAGUAUGAUCUGAUGAUCUCAUACUCGUGGGCAGAUAUGGAUCUAGCUCACCGAAUCUUUCAUCAUUUGACUGAGAAGCUGGGUUAUAAAGUGUGGCUUGAUCAAGAACAGAUGCAUGGAUCGACGAUCGAAGCCAUGGCGAAUGCAGUGGAUGGUGCUCAGUUCAUUCUGAUGUGUAUGUCGGAAACAUACAAGCGAAGUGCAAACUGUAAAUCGGAAGCAGAGUAUGCAUUCAAUCGAAAGAAGCACAUCGUUCCAAUAAAGAUGAAGAAAGAGUACACACCGGAUGGCUGGCUGGGUUUCAUUCUGGGGACUCGAUUGUAUAUAGAUUUUGGUACGUAUGAAUUUGAAAAAGCAAUUGGGUUAUUAGACAAUGAAAUACAGUUACAAAAGAAGAAGAGGAAAGAAGCGAAGGAAUCUGCUAGAAUCGAAAGAAAAGCUGCAGACGACGCGGAUAUUAAAAAAGAGAAUAAAGGUGAAAUGGCUUUCGAAUCGGAAAGUGAGACGAAACUGAACUUGGGCAGUACUGUUUCACGUUGGAAUGAAACAAAAGUUCGAGAUUUCUUAAUCAAGCAGAAUCUCGUAUCGAUGGUACCUCUUUGUGAUGGAAUCAAUGGCGAGGAGCUAUCUGAGUUAUAUAGUAUGUGCAAAGCCAACUCAACGUCCAUGUAUCGUUCGUUGAAAUUCGAGCUGCUACAUAGUCAUCAUCGAAUAUUACCGAUUUCAACCUUUCUUCGUUUUAUGAGUCGAAUGCGUUCAAUGUGUGAUGAUGGAUUACCAUCCAAUUCGAAAACUCUGAAAAAGACUGCUGUUGAAAAUAUAGAGGACGAGGACUAA